AUGUUUUGUGCCAUCAGCGGGAAGCAACCAAAGAUUCCUGUGAUAUCACCUGUUUCAAGAUGCGUUUUUGAAAAAUCGCUGAUCGAACAAUAUGUUGAAGAAAAUGGCGUUGAUCCAAUAUCAAAUACUGCCCUAAAUAAAGAACAGCUUAUUGAAAUCUCUCAAACUCCCCAGCAAUACGCAUUGAGUAACUCUGUGAACUCAGCAACACUCAAUGCAAACUAUAGCAUUCCAAAUCUGCUUUCCACUCUACAAAAUGAAUGGGAUGCCCUUAUGUUGGAAAACUUUGAGCUGAGAAACCAUCUGGACAUCUGCAAAAAGGAAUUAUCCGCCACAUUGUAUAAAUGCGACGCUGCUAUUAGGGUAGCCGCCCGUGCAACGCAGGAAAGAGAUGAUUUAAGGCAUACUUUGACACAAUUGACGGAAGCAGUUGGUAGCGAAGCUGCAGAACCUGUUAAAUAUCCUGCUAGGAAAGCUCCUGACAUUAUUCAGUUACCGGAACUUUUACUAGAGGAGCUAGUUGGUGAAUCUCAGUCAUAUGUAAUGAAAACAAAAAACCAAUCAAAACUAAAGCCAAAACCUGUGGUUAGUUUGAAUAUUGAGAAAAUGGAGCAACAAAACAAUAGUUUUGAUGUAUCUAAGGUGUUUACUAACAGACUUAUUAAUCCUGCUGAUAGAGUAACGGUUGUGCUGAGUGAAAGUGAUGUAAGACUAAUUAUAGACGACGAAUUUGUAUUGCUGAAGAAUCUACCUACCCAAUUGCAGAUAGCCUACCCAAUUGGAGAACAAAGAGUUGUGUUUGUUGGUGAACAAGUUCUUGGUGUAUACAAUUCUCUCACAAGUGAAAUCCAAAGUUUUAAAAAUACAGUACAAGGCCAUAUACAGUCAGUGCAGUACUCUUCAAAUAUUGCCCCGAAUUAUUUUAUCACUUUGAAUGAUAAGCACCAAAUAUAUUACACUUCUUUAGAUGGCUCCAAUGUUUACCAACUAACUGAUGGUAGUCCAUAUUUCGAUGCAACAAGUUAUUCACGCAAUUUACAACUUCACAAGGAUGGCUUACUUUUGGCGUACCAAACCAAUAAUACAUCAAUAGCAAUUUUUAGUGUACAAACACCUUCUGAACAUCCAACUAUAUUAGAAGUAGAAUUGACGGACUCGGAGUCUGAUUCAAUCGUAAACUUUAGGUUUGCGCCAAAUGGUUAUUGGUUAUACGUACAAUCCAAAUUUGAAUUCCAUGUCUAUGAUUUGAGAAAAGAAGAUGUUACGCUAGCGAUGGACAAAUUAAAGUUUGAUGCUCCAAUCCUUACAGAUUUUGAAACCGAUGAGACAGGGAAAGGACUUUAUCUGCACACUACAGAAUGCAGCAUAAAAUCGUAUUCAUACGUCAAAUCUAAACAUUGUUGGGUUAGCGGUAUUUCAUAUCCAAUCGACUUGUUGACUGAUCACGAAGUUACGUACUGUGAGGAUACACAGGGAAGAUAUCUCCGAGCGUUCGUGUAUCCAUCUGAAAAGGAAAAUGGAAUGCUCCUUUGUUCUGUGAAAAUACGGAUAAGUUAA